AUGGCAAAGAAAUUGUUUUGGGUGCUGUUAAUAAUAGCAUUGACAGUAGGCAUGUCAGAUACAGCAGAAGGAGAACCUAAUCCGUCCGAUGAUAUGGCACAGUCUAAUAAUGCUAGGUCGAAAUUGAGGGUGAAUUUAAGGCGCAGAUCAGCGGGAGAGUCCAAUUUUACAGAGCGACUGCGUGGGGCUGUGCUUCGAAGUAGAAGACGAAUGAAUAUGAUAGAGGCAUUUGUGAAGCAGCGGAUAGCUGGGCGAUUGGACAUCGAAACGCCCAUUCACCUGGGAGAUUAUGAAUAUCUGAUGACCGUUGCAGUGGGAACGCCCCCGGUGAAUUUUGAAGCGAGUCUGGACACGGGGAGUGAUCUGAUUUGGACUCAGUGCAUGCCUUGCAAGGAGUGCCACAAUCAAUCUACGCCAAUCUUCGACCCCUCCAAAUCAUCUACAUAUUCCACAAUUCCUUGCAGUAACUCUCUUUGCGGUGCUUUAGAACUUUCUAAAACUGGGUGCAAUCCUGAUUGCACAUAUAAUUAUGGGUAUGGAGAUGCUUCUUACACCGCUGGUGAACUAGCUCACGAGUCAUUCUCCAUCGGGAGCGGCAACAACAGCCUAGUUACAAGCAUUGCUUUCGGAUGCAGCCAUGAUACUUUCGGAAACUUCUCUCAGGACGGCGGUUUAAUAGGCCUGGGAAGAGGUCCUCUCUCACUCAUCUCACAGUUGGGCUCCAAGGUAGACAACAAAUUCUCUUACUGUCUCUAUUCCAUUACCGACUCUCCUUCACAAACCAGCCCUCUUAUUUUCGGUGACACUGCUUCCUUGACCGGAGCCAAAACAAUCCAAUUCAUUAAGAACAGUUUCAAUCCAUCUUUCUGGUAUAUUCCUCUUACAGGAAUCACCCUUAAUGGGAAAGCCGUAAAAAUUCCUCCUGGAACUUUUGAUGUGAAAUCGAACGGCGUUGGAGGUAUGAUCAUCGAUUCGGGAACCAGCCUUACCUAUCUUACCGAGGAUGCCUACUAUCCUGUCAGGGAAGCAAUUGCGUCUGCCAUUGAUCUUACUCCCACAGACGGCUCUUCCGUGGAGUUGGAUCUGUGUUACAAUACAUCAGGUCAGGUUACCUUGGCAUCCCUAACUUUCAACUUCCAAGGCGGCGUGGAUUACGAGCUUCCAGUAGACAACCUUUUCAUUCAGCUCCCUGGCAAUCUCUUGUGCCUUGCCAUGAAUGAAUCCGGUGAUGCCCUUUCCAUUUUAGGAAACAUACAACAGCAGAACUUCCACAUCCUUUAUGACAAUGCUCAGAACUCACUCUCCUUUAAGCCCACUAAAUGUGAUUCUCUUUAA